GGUGGGUUUUGGCGUUUCUACAUGAAAGAGUAGACUCGGACUUCUUCUUGAAGCUUUAGAUGGAAGGGUCUGAUCUUCGUCAGUGGGAUGAACUCAUACCCGAUGCACUCGGGCUUAUCUUCAACAAUCUAUCUUUCCAGGAGGUACUAACAGUGGUUCCUAGAGUGUGCAAAUCAUGGGGCAAAGCAGUGGCGGGCCCUUAUUGCUGGCAAGAGAUUGACAUUGAGGAAUGGAGUAAUCAUUCUGAGCCUGAAAAUAUUCAUCAAAUGCUUCGAAUGCUAAUUAUGAGGAGUGCUGGUUCUCUCCGCAAGCUCUGUGUUUCUGGCCUACUGGAUGACAAUGUUUUCUCCUUCAUUGCUGAGAAUGCUCACUCUCUGCAUACAUUGAAACUGCCAAGAAGCGGCAUCGGUAAUUCCGUUGUUGAGCAGGUUGCUGGGAAGCUUUGUACAAUCACAUUCUUGGAUUUGAGCUAUUGUGGUAAAAUUGGUGCUCGUGGUUUAGAGGCUAUCGGAAAGAACUGUAAAUCUCUUGCAGGAUUGCGUCGGAACAUGCACCCAUUAGAUUUGGAUGGUAAGAUUUCACAGAAUGACGAGGCUCUUGCCAUUGCGGCCACCAUGCCCAAGCUAAAGCACCUUGAGAUGGCUUACCUUCUUAUCGACACCACUAGUGCUCUAGAAAUUAUCUGCAACUGCCCUGAGCUCGAAUUUUUGGAUUUGAGAGGAUGUUGGGAUGUGAAGCUUGAUGACAAGUACCUCAAGGAGAAGUUCCACAAGUUGAAGGUUUUGGGGCCUCAUGUUCUGGACCAUUACGAGAGGCGUGAUUGGGAAGAUUGCUCGGAUUAUUCGGACUCUUUCUAUGACUAUGAGAGCUUGGAUGGAAUAUGGGAUGAUGAUGAGAGGAUGGAGGGUCUAGAGCUGAGGUUUUACCAAGAAUUUGACGAUGAUUCUGGUUUUGGAUGGCCUCCAUCUCCAUAAGACUUUGUAAGAUUGUCUUCAACCUUUAUAAUUAUUAGAACUUACAUGUUGCUUGCACUUAUGGAACUUCUAUAAGUAUGUGUUAUAGUGGGAAUGAAGUUGUGUUAUUUCCCAUCCACUCUUCUUUUGCAGUAAAGGGUAAACUAUAUCUCUGGUUUACCCAGUGUAGAGCUUCUGUUGUAU